GAUAGACUCCCUUUGAAAAUUUGCACCAUUUGUAACGAUUGUUGGGAAGAAGAGUUUUUUAGUCUUAAAUAUUGGCAUAAAGUGACAACCACGUGGUACUGGCAGAAAGCAACAACAACAACAAAAACACUGUUGAGCAGUAAAUAUUCCAGUAUUCGAAAAUGUUACAUGAAGAAACAUGUGGCUGAAUAUCCAGUUAAAAAGAAUUAUUUUAUUAAUCAUUGUAGAAAAUUGGUAACCUCAAAAUACACCUGUCAAUACAGUGUGUUUUAAAUCUUUUACUUGUAGAUUCAAUCUUCAAGUAUAUUUAACAAUGUCUACUAGUGAGGAAAGUUUCAGAUGUAAAAUAUGUGAUCGGUUUCUUUCAUCUAGUGGGGAUCUUAAAAAACAUAUGACAAUACACACUGGUGAGAGAAAUUAUGAAUGUGCAAUAUGUCAUCGUUCAUUCACUCAAAGUGGUCAUCUUAAAAGACACAGGAAAAUACACACUGGUGAGAAGAAUCAUGAAUGUGCAAUAUGUCAUCGUUCAUUCACUCAAAGUGUCAUCUUAAAAGACAUAUGACAAUACACACUGGUGAGAAGAAUCAUAUGUCAAUACACACUGGUGAGAAGAAUCGGAAUCAUGAAUGUGAAAUAUGUCAUCGUUCAUUUUUUCAAAGUGGGGAUCUUAAAAAUCAUAUGACAAUACACACUGGUGAGAAGAAUCAUGAAUGUGAAAUAUGUCAUCGUUCAUUUUCUCGAACCAGUAUUCUUAAACAACAUAUGACAAUACACACUGGUGAGAAGAAUCAUCAAUGUGAAAUAUGUCAUCAUUCAUUUUCUCAAAGUGGUCAUCUUAAACAACAUAUGAAAAUACACACAGGCGAGAAGGAUCAUAAAUGUGAAAUAUGUCAUUGUUCAUUUUCUGGAACCAGUAUUCUUAAACAACAUAUGACAAUACACACUGGUGAGAAGAAUCAUCAAUGUGAAAUAUGUCAUCAUUCAUUUUCUCAAAGUGGUCAUCUUAAACAACAUAUGAAAAUACACACAGGCGAGAAGAAUCAUAAAUGUGAAAUAUGUCAUCGUUCAUUUUCUAGAACCAGUAUUCUUAAACAACAUAUGACAAUACACACUGGUGAGAAGAAUCAUAAAUGUGAAAUAUGUCAUCGUUCAUUUUCUCAAAGAAGUAAUCUUAAAACACAUAUGAAAAUACACACUGGUGAGAAGAAUCAUAAAUGUGAAAUAUGUCAUUGUUCAUUUGCUCAGAGAAGUAGUCUUAAAAAACAUAUGACAAUACACACAGGCAAGAAGAAUCAUAAAUGUGAAAUAUGUCAUGGUUCAUUUUCUCAGAGCAGUAGUCUUAAAAAACAUAUGACAAUACACACUAGCGAGAAGAAUCAUAAAUGUGAAAUAUGUCAUCGUUCAUUUAUUGCAAGUGAUUAUCUUAAAAAACAUAUGACAAUACACACUGGUGAGAAGAAUCAUAUAUGUGAAAUAUGUCAUCAUUCAUUUUCUCAAAGUGGUAAUCUUAAACAACAUAUGAAAAUACACACAGGCGAGAAGAAUCAUAAAUGUGAAAUAUGUCAUCGUUCAUUUUCUCAGAGCAGUAGUCUUAAACAACAUAUGAAAAUACACACUGGUGAGAAGAAUCAUAUAUGUGAAAUUUGUCGUCAUUCAUUUUCUCAUAGUGGUCAUCUUAAUCAACAUAUGACAAUACACACUGGUGAGAAAAAUCAUCAAUGUGAAAUAUGUCAUCGUUCAUUUUCUCAAAGUGGUAGUCUUAAACAACAUAUGACAAUACACACAGGCGAGAAGAAUCAUAAAUGUGAAAUAUGUCAUGGUUCAUUUUCUCAGAGCAGUAGUCUUAAAAGGCAUAUGACAAUACACUGAGGCGAGAAGAAUCAUCAAUGUGAAAUAUGUCAUUGUUCAUUUUCUCAAAGUGGUAAUCUUAAAAGGCAUAUGAAAAUACACACAGGCGAGAAGAAUCAUGAAUGUGAAAUAUGUCAUCAUUCAUUUUCUCAGAGCAGUAGUCUUAAAAGGCAUAUGACAAUACACACAGGCGAGAAGAAUCAUAAAUGUGAAAUAUGUCAUGGUUCAUUUUCUCAGAGCAGUAGUCUUAAAAGGCAUAUGACAAUACACUGAGGCGAGAAGAAUCAUCAAUGUGAAAUAUGUCAUUGUUCAUUUUCUCAAAGUGGUAAUCUUAAAAGGCAUAUGACAAUACACACAGGCGAGAAGAAUCAUGAAUGUGAAAUAUGUCAUCAUUCAUUUUCUCAGAGCAGUAGUCUUAAAAGGCAUAUGACAAUACACACAGGCGAGAAGAAUCAUAAAUGUGAAAUAUGUCAUGGUUCAUUUUCUCAGAGCAGUAGUCUUAAAAGGCAUAUGACAAUACACACUGGUGAGAAGAAUCAUCAAUGUGAAAUAUGUCAUGGUUCAUUUUCUCAAAGUGGUAGUCUUAAAAGGCAUAUGACAAUACACUGAGGCGAGAAGAAUCAUCAAUGUGAAAUAUGUCAUUGUUCAUUUUCUCAAAGUGGUAAUCUUAAAAGGCAUAUGACAAUACACACAGGCGAGAAGAAUCAUGAAUGUGAAAUAUGUCAUCAUUCAUUUUCUCAGAGCAGUAGUCUUAAAAAACAUAUGACAAUACACACUAGCGAGAAGGAUCAUAAAUGUGAAAUAUGUCACCAUUCAUUUUCUCAGAGCAGUAGUCUUAAAAAUCAUAUGACAAUACACACUAGCGAGAAGAAUCAUAAAUGUGAAACGGACAAAAGCCCUUCUGUGAAAUAAACAAGGGAGACAAAAGCCCUCCCGUAACCAAAAUAUAUAUGUAUGUUACUGUGUGUUUUUUUUAAUACACUCAACAUAUUAAAAUUUUAAUAUAUAUUUGUAGUUGUUGUUUUCAGUUGACCUUUAUAUAUGUAUCAGCUCAGCUAGAACCACCUUCUUUUCAGAAUAUACCUUUCUGAAAC